GGGCGGGGCCUCGCGGAGCGCGGGAAAGAAGCAAGGCGCGCGCAGGUGUGAGCGGCGGCGACCUCUGUUUAGUUCACGGCGUCCCGCAGGCACCGACGGGCUCCGGCUUCACGUGGGCUCUCGGGCUGUGGGUUCCUCACUUUUCGGUGGUCCGCGUAGUGUCAGUGUGGGGCCUGUCACCGGGAGUGGGAUCCACAGGGCCCACCCUCGGGAUUUUUGAUCCUUCAGCUCCCGACUGAGCCUCCGGGUUUCUGUGAGGGCCGGUUUGGCCAUUUAUUUUUUCCGAAAAUGGUAACGCGGAUAAUUUAAGCCACGUAUUGCCAGCGGAUCCGGGCAGAGCUCGUUUCUGAUUUUUCAAGGGGAAGAGAAAAUGACUAAGAGGAAGCUGGGGAACUCAGAAGAAGGAAUCUGUCCUUCAAAACCCCUAAAGAACCCAAGGCUAGAAGACUCUGAUGGGGACCUCCAGAGUUCCACACUGGGCUGUUUGCAUCACCCCGAGGUGCUGGAGGGCAAGCUGGGACCUGUUUCCUCUACACAGCAGCACGGGGAGGAACCAGGAAAGGCGGUCUCCAGCUCCCACAACGAGGAAACAGGAGCUCCCUGCAGUCUCCUCCAUCAACCAGAAAAGGAGCCAGCUGCCCUUCCUCCUUCCCAGAACUCAGUUGAGAGGUUUGUUCCCCAGUUUGCAAAAUCCAGGAAGACAGCGCCAAAAACAGGAGGGAUGAAGGAUGAGGAGCUCGGGAGAGGGCCCUUUAGCCCGGAAACACUCCCAGAGUCCAGCGCCCAGCAGGCAGGAUGCCAGCCACUAGCGGAGACUCUGGGGCUCCCCCGCGAGAAGGCCACGGAGUCAGGGGACCCAAUGCAGGCAGACGGUGCCCACCCUAAGCAGAGCAGCCAGAGCCCCAUGAAAGCUGUGUCCAGUAGUGGGGAUUCCCAGCCUGAGGACCCUCCAGGCAGGGGGACGGGGUGGUCCACCUCACAGAGGGCCAGCCAGGACCACCUGUUAGAACAAGGGACCGAUAAUAGCAGGCAUGAGACAGAGAGGGCUCCAGGUGAUCAUGGCCAAAAGAAACACCUGCCAAGCAGUGAUUCUGAGGGGAAGGAGCCAGACAGAGCAGCCCCCCAGGAGGGAGGAGCCCAAAGGACAGCAGGGGCUGGCCUGCCUGGAGGGCCCCAGGAGGAGGGAGGUGAUGUCCCCUGUGCCCCAGCAUCAGUUCCUACCUCGGGCCCUGCUUUGGGACUAGGCCCUACCUCUUGGUGUCUGGAACCCGGGACUGUGGCCCAGGGCUCCCCUAACUCCCAGCAGACCCCCAGCAGGAUGGGCAGGGAAAGGGAAGGGACUCAUAGCAGCCUGGAAUGCUCCUCCCUCAGGAUGGGUGUCAUCACAGACCUGAGCACAGACCCCACUGAGCUGGAAGAGAAGGCUCUGGAGGUGGCUAGGCCUGACAGGCAGGUCAGCGCCAUAUCACCUGCCUCUCCCGAGAGGAAGGCUGCUGAUGGAGGCCACGGGAGAGCCCUGCCAGGUUGUACCCCACUCACUGGGGAAACCACAGGAGGGAGAGGGGAGGCAGAACAGGACGACAACCCCCCGGAUGACGUCCCAGUGGUCCCUGUAGCCUCCCUGGCUCUGGCACCUGGGAGCGGACAGCCCAUGUUGGGGGCUGGAGAUUCCGGCCAUCCAGCCCUGGACGCAGGUCCAUGUGUCGGUCAGAAGCAGGAGCCAGGCCCUGCUCAAGAGGCAGCCGAGUCAGGUAGCCAGAACCUUCAACAAGACCUCGAGGGGCUCGGUCUGUCCCCACAAGCCUCUGAUCUGCUGGAACACAAAGAAGCAGCAGACGGCCCUCUUCAGGAGCCUGGGACCCAGCAGGGCGGGCCAGACACCACAUUGGACCUGGCAGGGCAGCGAGAGCACCUGCCUCAUUCUGCAGACCAGGCCACCUGGGCAGACUCUUCAGCCGUGGAACUCGACUUCCUGCCAGACAGCCAGAUACAGGAUGCCCUGGAUGCCUCUGACUUCGAAGCCCCACCUGAGCAGCUCUUUCCUUCGGGGAGCAAGCCAGGCCCUUGCUGGCCUGGCCCCAGCCUACACGCCAGUGAAGACCCUGUUGCAGUGGCCAGGGCCCAGCCGAGGACCUUCCUGGGGAUCCAGGCCUCUGAGGCCCCCAAGAUGGAGGACGCCACCAACAUCGUGCGUGGCCUCAUCGUUGAGCUCUCCAACCUGAACCGGCUGCUCAUGGGCACCCACCGGGACCUGGAAGCCUUCAAGCGCCUCAACUACAGGAAGACAAAGCCAGGAGGCAAAGCACUGCCUCACCCUUCAAAGGGACCUGGGGACGUCCCUCGAGGGGACCAACGCUGCAGGGAGUUGUCGGAGGCUUUGAGGUCUUUUUCCUUUGCCACCCAGCCCCCAUGCCUUUGGGCCCCCUUGGGUGACCUGGUACUUUUGAUCUUCAAGAUGCUCCCGGGGGUCCUAACGGACCCCACAAACCCCCUUCAGUUGCCCGGAAGUUGGUCUCUAAUGGACCACACAGAGGGGCUCUGAGGUCCUCGCCUGGCCAGGGUCAAGGUCAGCAGCCCCAGUGGCUUCAGGCGGGCCUGAACUCUAGGAAGCCCGCCAUGGCUGCCUCCAAGCAGGGCCCAUCCUGUUUGGAUUUGCAAAUGUUAGGCUCCUGAGUCAAGGUUACGGAAGGUUCAGAAUUUGUUUCUUUCCUCGAGAAGAGAGCUCCCUUUGUUUUCUUUCUCCCGAUUUCCAUUUUAUUUCUUCUGGGAAGACCCACAAUAAAUUAUUCUGGAAUGAGGC